UAACACGUCAACCAAGUUGCAGCACUAUGAGCUCUUUGCCUGAAUCCGGCUGAAUUUCGGUGCUGUGUUUCGGCACGCGCUCGUCGAGGGGGUGCAGCAGCUCUUCCAUUUGAUAAAAUGACAUGAAUUAACUGGUUACAUUGAAGUGGGGAUCGUCAGGAAAACCGUUGGCGCACACGUCGGAUUGGGCGUGCACACCCGAUUUGCAUCCUUCUUCAGUCCCGCUAGAAGCCCGAAGAAGGUCUGUUCACUUCACACAGACACCAUGGCCCUUAAGAGCGCUACUCGUCUCCAGCGUGCUGCUGCUCGCAGCGAGGCCCUGGUCGCGGCCCUGCCGGCUAGCGUCCGCGCCAGCACGGUCGUCGCCUCGGCAAUGCGCCAGGCGUUCUCCUCGGCGAAGCCCGCUGGCCUGACCAAGUCGGUCAGUGCCCGCAAGCCUGCCUCGGGCCGUGCUCUGAGCGUCAAGGUGUCGGCUGUGAACGGCUCUGGGCUCAAGGUCGACCUCCGCGGCAAGAAGGCCUUCAUUGCUGGUGUGGCCGAUGACCAGGGCUUCGGCUGGGCAAUUGCGAAGGCGCUGGCGGAGGCUGGCGCUGAGAUCUCCCUCGGCGUCUGGGUGCCCGCGCUCAACAUCUUCAAGACCUCUCUGGACAAGGGCAAGUUCGACGAGAGCCGCAAGCUGUCUGACGGCUCGCUCAUGACCUUCAGCCACAUCUACCCCAUGGACGCCGUGUUCGACACCAUGGCCGAUGUGCCCGAGGAGGUUGCCACCAACAAGCGCUACGCGGGCAACAAGGCCUGGACUGUGUCUGAGGUGGCGGAGUCGGUGAAGAAGGACUCGGGCAACAUUGACAUCCUGGUCCACUCGCUGGCCAACGGCCCCGAGGUGGUCAAGCCGCUGCUGGAGGUGUCCCGCAAGGGCUACCUGGCCGCUCUGUCCGCGUCCUCCUACUCGCUGAUCUCCAUGGUGCAGCGCUUCGGCCCGCUCAUGAACGAGGGAGGCGCCGUCAUCUCGCUCACCUACAACGCCUCCAACCGCAUCAUCCCCGGCUACGGCGGCGGCAUGUCCUCGGCCAAGGCGGCCCUGGAGUCCGACACCCGCGUUCUGGCCUACGAGGCGGGCCGCAAGUACAAGGUGCGCGUCAACACCAUCAGCGCCGGGCCGCUGGGCUCGCGCGCCGCCAAGGCCAUCGGCUUCAUCGACGACAUGAUCCGCUACUCGUACGAGAACUCGCCCAUCCAGAAGGAGCUGGCGGCCAUCGAGGUGGGCAACGUGGCCGCCUUCCUGUGCUCGCCGCUGUCGUCCGCCGUCACUGGCCACGUCAUGUUCGUGGACAACGGCCUCAACGUCAUGGGCCUGGCCGAGGACUCCAAGACCCUGGAGCGCUCGUAAACGUUGAGGAGGUGGCGGUAGCUGGUGAGCAGCUGGUGAGCAGCAGCUGGGGAACCGGCGGGAAGCUUGUGUUCUCAAGGGGUGGCGGACGGCUGUUGUGAGGGAUUGCGGGAAGGAUGUGCGGCACUGGUGGUGGAGCAGGGUGUGCUGCUGACGUGGUUGACGAGGCUGGGAGGCGGGGUGAUUGGCGCUGCACGGCUUGCGACUUGCGGGCGCGGAGCAAGUAGCUCGCGUGGUGGCAUUGCGGCCAUCCGGUAUGUUGUGCCGGCCGCGACGCGUGAGUGUUUCCACUUGGGUGCCCUCUCACCCUGAUUGCCCUGGGGAUUAUUGAGGCGGCGAGCUGUGUGAGCAAGGAGCCAGGGCGGCGGGAAUGCGUUUUUUUGUCGCAACCUCCCGCCCGGAAAACGUGAGACCAGAGAAGAGUACACGUGAUGGAAAACGGCGAAUGCCUGUAACAUUGACACUGG